CGAGACAUUCACGGUCUCCCAUUUCAUCUGAACGGUCGAGUUACGUAGCGAGGGAAGUGUUGCAGUGAACGGAGGGAGAAGAGAGAGGGAGAGGUUGAGAGAGAGAGGGAGACUGCAGCAUCAUUUGAGGGACGUUCACAUGCAGUGCAGUAGAACGUGCAGGUGAGGGGAGGAGGAGAAUGCGGGACUUUUUCCUCAAACACUUCACACACAUCCACUACGGACUCCGGAGGAAUUACUAAAGGCUUUUGUUGCUACUUCUCUAUCCUGCUCGCCAUCUUUCCAUAAGUGGCUAAUUUACGUGCUCCGAGAAGUCGAACUGGAAAGCUUUUCUCUUUGUCAAGUUCACCGUAAAGGAAUCUCUAAGAGCUUGGCACGCGCGCGUAAGACUGCGGGAAAGCUUUCCAAUUUUCCUCUUGCUGUUUUUUAAGGUAAGAGAAAAAAAAAUAAUAUCGGGAAAGACUUUAUAAAAAGCACUUUUGCUUAUUCCCAGCCAGUAGCGCAAGCUCUGGGAUGCGAAUGUGAGAGCUGAAUUCACAUACAGAUCGCUUUUGUGUUCUACUGCAUUGCAGUUUAAAACAGUGAAAGCGCGAGAGGAGCCCGCGCUCCGCAGCAUCUCAAUGAGCCGGACAAAGUCAUUUAAACUGCUCAAAUCUGACUCCCGUUUACUCCUAAAAGGCACAAAGAAACAUUAUUGUCCGUAAAAGAGCUGUGAAGACUUAUCGCCGAUACCGAGCUCCUCACAAAGUGGAUGUUUUAUUUUAUCGUGUUGAAAACGUGACCGGGGAACUAAAAAGACUGUUGGAGAAAAUAAGAUUUUGCCGAAGGAAGCGUUUAUAGAGAUUAAUCGUUGACGAGUCUGUCUUGGACCAGAGGAAGCUGCAGAUAGAGAGUGAAAGAGAGAGAGAAAGAGAAAGAGAGAGAGAGUCAUGGGGAGCAGGAGCGUUGGCGCAGUGCACUCCGCGCGCUGCUUCCUCGUGCUUAUCCUGCAGCUGCUGACUCAGCUCCCGCGCUCCAAUUCAGUGCUGCGAUACCGCGUGGCGGAAGAGGGGCCGGCCGAUGUGCACAUCGGGAACGUGGCUUCAGACCUGGGGCUGUCCACCUCUGGGAUUGGGACCGGUGAUGUCACUUUCGCUUUGGAAUCUGGCUCUGAAUACUUCAAAAUUGACAACGUCACUGGAGAGCUUACUACAGGCAGCAAGAGGAUUGACAGAGAGAAGCUGCCGCAGUGUCAGAUGAUAUUUGACGAGAAUGAGUGCUUUUUGAACUUUGAAGUGUCAGUCAUAGGUCCCCUGCAGAGUUGGGUGGAUCUGUUUGAUGGCCGUAUUGUAGUCACAGACAUCAAUGACAACACCCCCUCUUUCCCUUCACCAGUACUCACACUAUCUGUUGAGGAGAAUCGCCCAAUCGGCACUCUUUAUCUCCUUCCCACAGCCACAGACCGUGAUUUUGGCCGCAAUGGCAUUGAUCGCUAUGAGCUUAUCCAGGACAGUAGAGAUGUGGGGUCAUCUUCACGGCGACCUGCGAACGGACUGACAAAUGGGAACGGUGGUGACCGAAGGAGAGGGUCAGAAACAGGGACAGGACCUGCCAGCAGGAGCAGCGUGUUUGAACUACAAGUGGCCGACACACCUGAAGGACAGAAACAGCCUCAGCUGAUCGUGAAAGGGCCUCUGGACCGCGAAGCACGGGAUUCUUAUGAACUGGUGCUACGAGUUUGUGAUGGCGGCAACCCGCCCCGCUCUUCACAAGCUCUGUUACGAGUAUCCAUCACAGAUGUCAAUGACAACAGUCCACGUUUUGAAAGAGCCGUGUAUGAAGCAGAAAUGGCAGAAAAUGCCCCACCUGGCACACCUGUCCUGCAGGUGCGUGCCUCAGACCGUGACGUCGGCGUGAACGGUCAGGUUGAGUAUGUGUUUGGAGCAGCGACAGAAUCAGUGCGGCGCCUCCUGAGGUUAGAUGAAGCAUCAGGUUGGCUGAGCGUUCUGCAUCGUAUAGACCGUGAGGAAGUUUCACAGCUACGCUUCACCAUCACAGCCCGUGACCGUGGCCAACCACCUCGUACUGACCGCACUACAGUUAUUCUCAAUGUCAGGGAUGAAAAUGACAAUGUACCAGUAGUAGAAAUUCGAAAAAUUGGACGAAUCCUUGUUCGCGAUGGUGCUGCAAUGGUUCCAGAGAACGUGCUGGUGGACACUCCAGUAGCAUUAGUGCAGGUGUCAGACCACGACCAGGGAGAGAAUGGUGCAGUUACCUGCACUGUGGUUGGAGAUGUACCAUUCACUCUGAAACCGGCGGGUGAGACAGCCCUAGCACCUCCACCAGCCACAGACGAUGCCUUUGAACGAAACAAAAAGAAAUACUUUCUCCACACCUCAGCACUUUUGGAUUAUGAAGCUACUCGUGAGUAUAGUGUCACUAUUGUGGCAGUGGACUCCGGUAGCCCAAGCCUCUCGAGUAAUAGUUCCCUUCUGGUGCGUGUGGUGGACAUAAAUGACCAUGCUCCCACUUUUGCCCAAAGCUUAGUGGAAGUGCAUUUUGCAGAGAAUAAUGCCCCAGGAGAACGAGUGGUCACUGUAGUAGCGUCUGAUGCAGACAGUGGCAAGAAUGCAGAGAUUGCAUACUCACUGGACCCGUCUGUUAAUGGAGCUUUUUACAUUGAUGCUGAUAACGGUGAUAUUCGUGCAACUGGGGCACUAGAUAGAGAGCAGAGGGAACGCUAUGAAUUUCGUGUGAUAGCUCGAGAUAAAGGCACACCAUCUCUGCAGGGCUCUGCUACUGUCGUAGUCCAGGUUACGGACAGGAACGACAAUGCCCCCAAAUUUGUCCAGGAAGUCUUCACAUUCUAUGUGAAAGAGAACCUUCUCAUCAAUAGCCCUGUCGGCAUGGUGACUGUUACCGAUGCAGAUGAAGGUGAGAAUGCAGAGUUGAGUCUUUUUGUUGAGCAUGAUGAAGAGGAGGGUGGAGAAGAGGGCAAAGAGGGAAAGCAAGAAGUUUUCUCCAUUGAAAAUAACACUGGAACCAUUUUUUCCUCUGCAUCCUUUGACCGCGAACGACGUAGCGCAUACUCAUUCCGCGUGCGUGCCGUUGAUGGUGGAGAACCGCCACGGUCUGCCACUGCUACCGUCUCCCUGUUUGUCACUGAUGAAAAUGACAGCGCACCAUCCAUCACAUCACCCGCUAAUGAAUCAUACACCCUUCUGCCACCCGCUAGCGGGGCUCGGACUGUAGUCCGCACAGUCACAGCCUCUGAUGGUGACACAGGGUCUAAUGCCGAUCUCCGCUAUGCUCUGGUAGGCGGAAACCCUUUUCAUCUGUUUGAGAUUGGCUCUAGUAGUGGGGUCAUAACCUUGGCAGAGCCCCUAGAGAGAAGACACAGGGGUCUGCACCGCUUGGUGGUCCGGGUCAAUGACAGUGGCGUGCCUUCCCUUUGUGCCACAGCACUGGUGCAUGUCUUCAUCAAUGAGAGCUUGGCCAAUGCUACGCUGGUGGAUGCACAGGUGGCCCGCAGCCUUGCAGUCCCCCUCUAUAUGGAUAUUGCAGGUGACCCAGACAGUGAGAGAGCUUUGGGUAAACAACGCCUGAGCGUUGCCAUCGGUGUCCUGGCUGGUGCUGCUGCCGUUAUUCUGGUGAUCCUUCUGGUUGUGACAGCUCGACAGUGUGGGGCACAGGGUAAGAACGGUUAUGAGGCUGGGAAGAAGGAGCCAGAAGAGGACUUUUUCAGUCCACAGCCUCCCCCUCUACAAGCCCAGGGCUCCCAAAAUGAACGUGGGCGCAAACCACGCAGAGACAAGCGUAAUAACGGUACUGCCAAAUCUGAGCGUUCUUUAUACAGUGGAAUUAUGACGGUGAAUGGUUGCAGACGUGGGGGAGGUGAUGAAGAAGAGGAGGAUGAAGAGGCCAGCAGUGCCAGCGAGAGGAUUGCAGCACGUUAUUGUGCAGCAGCUAACGGAGACCCCAGCAGUCCCAGACUUGGCUCGAGACGUCACCAAUCAAGCCCAGAUCUGGCUCGCCACUACAAGUCCAGCUCACCUUUGCCUGCAGUACACCUUCAGCCCAACUCACCCCCCGUGGAAGGCAAGAAGCACCAGGCUGUGCAGGAACUGCCCCCCACUAACACCUUCACUGGCAACGGCACAAGUAAUGCAGACGCCAUGUCACUCAGCUCAGACCAAUGCUCCGAUUAUGGCUGCCAAACUGUAAAGUACAGCAAACAGCCCCUCAGAAGAGUGACAUUUUCUGUGGUGAGUCAGACUCCUGAUCAAGGCUGCUAUGAUAGUGGAGUGGAGGACUCUGAGACCCCCAGCAGCAAGAGCUCCUCUGGACCCAGACUGGGAUCUUUACCGCUGCCUGAAGACGGAUAUGAAAGGACGACACCAGAAGGGAGCGUAGGCGAGGAGGAGCAUGUGGAAAAUGACCCCAGGCAGCUCCCUGACGUGGCUCUGACAGGAAAGUGCACACGAGAGUGUAAUGAUUUUGGUCACUCUGACACCUGCUGGAUGCCCGUGCAACCAUCACCACGGAGACGCAUGGAACCACCUCAACUCUCCACCUUCACCUCGCCCGGCGAUAACAACAACAACACAGAAGAUGACAGCGACCAAGAGGAAGACGGAGACGGAGGUACGGAUAAGAGCAGCGGAGGAAGCGAGGAGGUCCGGGAUUCGCUUGCAAACGGAGACCCGCUCGGAACGUUCAGCCGUCGGGACCGGAACAGGAUCAUGGGCGAUCACAACCGUAAUCUCUUGAACCGGAAAAUGACCUCGGCAUCCUACGACACAUUCAGCAGUGCUGGCUUUGGCCGCCGUCCGGAUGAAGAAGACUCACACCCACCAGAGGUCAUUCCGCUUACGAGGACGGGGGGCGACUAUAAGACCACCUCGUGCCUCACUCUGUCUCGCAGGGAAGUGUACCUGUGAGCUGCAGCCAGCCCUCACUCUACUGGACGGCCCAGAGCAACUUCACUGCAUCGGAGCAGGAGGAACAUUGAGAGACUAGCCUACACCUGGUCAAAACAGGCAUCUUCUCCUUGCCAAAAAUUCAUCAUCAGUUCAUUACUCUAGAUGCAAAAUAUCAAAGUUGAGGAGAAAAGGUGAAUCAUCUUUUAUUCUUUCAUAAACUUGGAUAGACUUUGUCAAUGGCAAACACUUGCAUGUUAGGCCUCCCACUGACAGGGGGCGAUGUGGGGACUGAUGGACAAAAUCCAGUCACGGACCACAUAAAUGGACGCUCAUUUCAUCUGAUCGUGGCACAUCAUGAAAAUAAAACCACGUAGCAUCAGGAAAAGCAAAUCCUAAUCAAUCAUAGGGCAACAGCGUCAACUAAAUAUUAAUAUAACUAGUUUCCUGUCGCUGAGCCACUAUGGUUAUUUAAUUACAGUCACAUGGUAAACACUAGACAUGUAAAUGCUUUCAUCACAGACUUUUAGAGAAAAAAAAAGGAAAAGGACAAAAAAAAUAGUCUGGUCAUUAAUUUUUAUCAUUUGUAAAGCUACAGUACCUGUUUUUUCUUUUGUUUUUGUUUUUGUUUUUUUACAAAUAUGGGAAUAUAACACAGAUCUCAGUAGUGCUUUGAAACUUUUGGAUGGAAUUCUUUACUAUUUCAAUGCUUCUAUAAUGGCGCUAUUAUCACAAUGACUGUUAAAUUACCAUCCCAUCUCAGAGUUUAAAUCAGCCAGUGAAAUCAUGCCACAGAUACAGUACUCUGUACACAGCACAAACAUACACAGACACACACACACACACUGAGAUACAUGUCUAUAUCCAUUUAGUGCAGAUAUGUGUGUUAAAGUGUGUAUGUACUGUAUAAACAGACAUUUUGGCAUACCUGAGGCUUUUUUAAGAAAUGUUUUUUUGAAAGUAGAUGUAGCGCUUUUGCCUGCUUGAUCUUCAACUAGUAUAUAAGACACUGAAGUGUAUUUGAAUAACUAAUCAUCUGUGUAAAGUGCAUACACAGGGGCAUUACACAUGGUUUAGAUACGUCUAUACUAUACUAUAAACAACAAAUAUACUGUAUCUCAUCCCUUUUAAGUAGAGCUCAUAUGUAAACCAAAUUUCUUUAAAGGCAACACUGCAUGAGGAUAAGCUAAUGCUUAUUUUGUUAGAUAAGAAUCAGAUUUGUUGUUUUUCUGAGGAUUUAACCUCUUUAGGAGGGGCACGUGUGAGUGUGUGUGAAUGCAAAGCGAGGUCAGUGUGAAAAAUUUGAUGGAGGAGAGCUAGAUUUUUAAUUUAGCCAGAAAUGACACCCAAAAUGUAGUUGUUCAAAUACCUGUAUUAUAGUUAAAACCAAUGAAGACAUUCUAAUGAGUCUUUGUUAAUCUUACGGCAGCCUCGUCCAGGUCUUCAUCAAAUUCAAAUUGAGUUUAGAAAUGACUUUUUUUUAGCUCUUGUUAUGCAUUGUAAGUACAAUCUGAUUGAUAAGAACAAACUGACAUGUAUUUCACCAACUCUCAGGAAACUUGAGAUUCAGUAUGUGUCCUCAGCCCAUUAUCAAAGCUGAGCUUUAGACUGUGCUCCGAAUUUGUCCUCACAAGGCCAUACUGUUGGGGAGCCCUCUUUCCUUUUUUCAGACUCACCGUACCUGUCAGCGGUGAGAAUCGCAGACUCAUCUCUUUUAUUUCACGGAACUGCCUUGGGUCUGGAGCGGGACUGGUGGACUCCAGUCCAUCUAUGCCAAAAUCUGUCCAGCUUUUCUGGUUUUACUGGAAGUACUGGUGCACAAACUUAGCUGAAAAACAUUAGCCCAGAACCUGCGGUUCGGCUCCUGGAUGAGAGGAGCCUGAUGAACUGGCCUAUACAGGGUUUGUGAAACCGGAGGACUUGAGAAGAGGGAAACUGUCUCUACAAUGGUGUGUUUCCAGGUUUAUAGGCGAAAUAUGCUGUUAUACAGCAGUCUGUAAGUAGUGUACAUUAUGGGGUGCGUAAUGGACUAUGUAUAUGAAACCGUGUGUUUUCUUUCUUUCUUUUUUUUUCUGCACGUUUACCUAACAGUUCAACUCACUUACUGCAAACCGGGGAGGGAUGGGGAGGGCAAAAUAACUUUGUGACUAAAGCAUAACAUUCACUUGAACUUUUUUAUGAGAUAAACACUGAACUCAUGUACUCGCCCAACAUCCACCAUUUUACUGCUACCCUGUAGAGAAAUGACCAUUGAACUUUAACCUGAAAGGCAUGUUGACGGUCUUUAAUCCUGCACCUGUGAGGAAAAUGUUUUUUAUUUCUCUGUUUUUAUGCUAUGUGAAAGAGGAGUUUUUGAAGCUCUCUCUCAUGGAAUUAAUGCGUUCAUUGCAUUUGUUAUGACAAAUAACAAAUUAAAAGGGGUUGGAAUGGUUUGAAAGUUUGGUAUGUGACAUGUAAAAGUUUGAUUUUGACAUUAAAACACCUUUAAAACGUG